AUGGAGCACACCGGCACCAACGGCCUUAUCGCCGACCUGCCAUCUUACCAAGAUGCCAUAACGCGGCCAGACUGGCUCGAUCUUGUGGCGCCGUACAUUCCCCCGAGGGAAUACUCACGUCUCUGCCUUGUCUCGAGGCGCUUCUACCACCAGUUCGCCCCGCAUCCCAAGUGGCUCCUCCGGUUUAUAAAGCAUGCCGUAAACGUUCGAACAGCCACGCUGAGCAGCUUCGUCCGUUCCUGCGAUACGCGCCGUUUCUUUGCUGGCGCCGAUGAUGCCGUUUCCCACCACGCCGGUGCUGGCGGUACCACCCCUCUCUCCGUUGUGCUCUCCAGAAUAGCCACCCGAUUUCACCGGCUGCGGUGCAUUUUCCUGGAUGACCACCCCGACUUGGAGCCUGAACCUCCAGUAAACUCGCUGGCUUCUGAUCGGGUACCGCUCUUGGAGCCGCCGUUACUCUUAAGUAUUGCGCGGUGUCGAGUCGAUUUGCCCUCGUCUUUUCUUGCAACUCCAUAUCUCAGAAGCCUCGUGUAUUUGGACGCGUCUGAUAUGCCUGGUUCUCUGAAGUCCCCCUUGGCCCAGCGGACCCUAAGUGCAGCCAACCUGCCGAGCCUGCGUAUACUGAAGGCUCAAGGGAGGGAAAUGGAUAAUGCCACGGCGACCCUGCUAUUCAAGGCGUUCUGGGAGCAGUUGUGGAGCGUUGACCUGAGCCGAAACAAGCUUACCGAUGAUAUUCUUGAUGUCAUGCAUCAGUUUUCAUUCCCUUCGCAGACUUCAAGAUCAGACCAUUUUGCUGUCGAAGGCCGACUCUUGGAGCAUCCGACAGGAACCGUGUCGUUUGGAAAGUUCUGCGCCAUCCGCGAGUCGAGCUGGAGCGCAACUUUCAGCCAUCCUCACAGACAUGUUGCCGAUGCUCCGAAUUACGCCCUUAAUGCCGAGGACGGGUAUCAGCCGAGCUCUACCCCCCGCUUGAACGGCCGAGUGAAGAUCCGUCCUGACUCGCCAGAUGCGAUGAAGACCCUAUUCUCUGGGAAUUCGGGCUCUCAUCCCCCCUCAACAGAAUCCGUACAUGCCCUAGACACAUGUCGUGGGCAUCAGGGUGUUACUCACCUGUAUUUAAACGGGAACAACAUAUCUGCCGCAGGGCUUGCCGGUAUGGUUAGAUCGUCCCCGGGGCAGCUGCAGCGCCUCGAGUGCGACUCCAUGACCUUCAAACUUCCCGAAGCCGCCCCUCCCUCCUGGCUCUCCAGGGCAAAGCUGUCAGGCACCCUCGGCUGGGCCCACGUGUUCCGUCCCGUGUUCUCAGCCAACCUGCAGGUGCUACGCAUCCACCACUCCCUAGUCACACAGCUGCUGUCCCUCGAGCUGGACGGCCUGUCGCCCCUGGCGAACCUGUGGGUGGCUGAGACACAGCUGCUCCCGCGGGCCGAGCUCGCAUAUCCCGAGGCAUUUGUCCCGGACAUGAACCCCCGCCUGCAGUCGCUCGUCCUGACCCGGAUUCCUCGGUACUCGGCGGGGCCGCUGAUUGACAAGCUGAUCAAUUUCUUGAGGCUCGCGUCUAUUCAGGAGCGCGCGAUCCAGGAUAUCAAGAUUGCCGACCGGCAUGGCCCGGUGACCCUGCUCGGUCUGCGGCAUAUCCGCCUCGAGUUCGAGCCCGACCCGCGGGACGAACUCGGGGAUGACUCUGAUCCUGAAUUCGACUUUGACGCGGCCGCCGUGAUGGAUGAUGCCACGAAUGAAUUCAGCUUCUUUGGCGAGUCCGCCUGGUCACCCUCGCCACAGCCCAAGCCACCCUCGUCAGCGACGCCAGCUGUACAGAGACAACCUCCCGUCCCUACCGUUCACAUCACCCCCGAUCCCGAUCCAGAGCCAGAACCAAGGCGACAGCCCGAGCCCCAGUCGGCCCGACCACAACCACAACCACGACCACCACCACACCCCCCUUCCUACUCCCACGCCGCCAGCACCACCACCCCCUCCCCUGAAACACCCGCCUCCCCCGAGACACGCCCAGACCGGCCACAGCCAGACAGCGAACCCCACACCUGGCUCUGGAAUGGCACCGCCCACUCCGCCCACGUCUGGACAGGCCCCGCCGCCAGCCCAUCUCCCCGGGAACAACAACGACAACAACAACAACCACUUGUCCCCAUCCCUACCCCUAACCUUGACUCCGCGCCGGCCGCCGUGCGCGAGUACACCCGCCUCGUCCGCGCCCACCCCCGCCUCAAGACCGACCCCGUCCCGGCCUCCCCCUGCCACGUGGCCGCCGGCGUGCCAUCGUCUGCUGCUGCUGCUGCUGCUGCGGGAGAGGGGGAGGGUACGCCGCUGCGGUUGGUGUUCUCGGCUGCGUGGGAGUGUUUGCUUUGCCCGCCUACUCUAGGCAAUAAUAACGAGAGGUUCGGAAGGGGUGGGGGGGAGGCUUUGUCGUUCGCGGCCAAGCCCACGCUCCCGACGCGCGCGCAGGUUAGGGGGAUGAGGGAUGUGGUGGAGGCGAUUAAGGCGUAUCGGGUGGGGACGAGGCGGGCGUGGGAGGGGGUGAAGAGGGAGGCUGCGGCGCGGGGGGGAGGUGGGAGGGAGGUGAAGCUGGGGGGGCCGCAUUUUCAUUGGGGUGGGAGGCUGGAGGUGGAGGUGGAUGGGGCGGGGGCGGUUCAUCAGUCGAGGUAUUGGCGGUAG